AUGAAUAAGGGCAGAAACUUCAUCAAGCAGCGCUGCUACGAGCUUCUCAGACAUGCCGAGUUCAAGCAGAUUGACAAGCUUGAUCAAUCUGGACGAAUCCUGAUCGUCACGCCGUACAAGACUACUUUAGUCCGGUACAAGCAGUUCAUCAAGGCCCUUCAUCAUCACAAGGCCCGCGACCGCGCCAACAAUCUCUGUGUUGUCACGAAGAUGCAGAAGCCUCAAGUCUGCCAUAUAAUUCCCUUUACAUUGUCGAAUUACCCAGCGGAUUUGUUCUCUUUGAUUCUCAGAAUGAAAGCCUGCAAGAACCUCAUCGACGACCCGGCGAAUGUGAUCUGCUUGACGUGGCAAUUGCACAAAUACUGGACGGACGGCAAGUUUAUGCUGAAGCCAAGAGGAAGACCGUACGAGGUGGCUGUGGUAGACGAUAGUGUCGGGCCACGAAGCGCACGCAAGCAGAAGGCGGAGGAGUUCCGUUGGUGUCAGGAGAUCGUUAUCCACUGGCUUCGAUGGACAACUCUCGAGGGAAUGCAGGCUGAUGCCGACUACUCAACCGACCCCCGUGAACACUUCCAGCCCCUGGAUCACGAGACGGCCGUCAGCCUGGAAACGGGGUAUUCAGUGGCAGACGGAAAGACGAUUAAGGUCUUUGCUGAUUGCGAAGCCGACGUUCCGAGCUACGUUCAAUUCUCUUACAACUACAGGCCAAUCUGCUUACGGCAUUCUCGCUUACAGCAGUUGCCGAUCCGAAAUUGUACGAGUCUGACGAGGACAGUGUAA